AUAAUCCGGGUAUGAUAUCUACAUCGGCAGAUAGUUUAACGUCCAUGGAAUCCCCCGGAGUAAGCAGUACAAUCCGUCCAUUGUCCCGUCUGGCCACGUCAACAUUGAUAAACUUACUGACAGAUUUAUCAACCAAGACUAAUAAUCAAACAUACUUCACAACAUCAACAAGCAAAGGAUCUGACACAGGGAAAGGAUUACUAAUAGGUGGGAUUGUUGGUGGUGUUGUGUGUCUUGUCCUUGCCGUCAUCAUCAUCUACUGUUGCUGGAGACAUAUGUGUAAACGUGACUCUGUAACACCAGAGAAUAUCGGACGAAAAGGUCCACAGAGGCCAGUAUCCAAUGACGAGGAGGCUAUAAAAGGCCCGGACAUGCCAGUAGAAGGCGCCCUCUCACGCGACGGGACAACGGUAUCUACCGGAAAGGUACUUUUAGGAAUGCCAGAAGUUAUUCCGUCCUUUCCACCUAAACAAACCUCUAUAUCGACCCAGGCCAAUUCAUCAAAAAUGAAUGGGGGUAUCACAGACAGUAAUAUUGGUAACAGAUUACCGGCUUUGUCGCCACAUGACGUUCUUGAUAUGGAUAAAACGAAGAAGAAAAAGAAAAAGAAGAAAAAGAAAAAGAACAAGUGUUGCACCAAGCACAAAGAGGGGAGAUAA